AUGUUACUGUUUAUAAGUUUACUAUGUGCUAAGAGACAUCAUGUUAUAAAAAACUUCCCUGGUAUUCGUCUUACUGAUGAUAACUGUAACUCUACUAAACCAUUAGAUAUUAAAAAUAGGUUUUGGGUUACAGAAGAACGUAAAAAGAUGUAUAGUGAUUUAUACCAAAAUCCAGAGAUUGGACACCCUAAAGCGUUACACAAAACUAAUCACCAUUCAUUUAAACAUCAUAAAAAGGAAUGUAAAAUAAAACAUCCUAAAAAUAAACAAGAGAAGCCUAUUGAAGUUAAUAAACCAAAAACCAGGGAAGAAAAAUACAAUGAAAUUUAUCAAAGGAUUCUUAAGAAAAAGCAAGCAAAGCACAAUGAUGAAAAUAAUCCUAAAUUAACGCUCAACUGUAAAAUAGAAAUCGGCAUAAAAAAUAAGAAAAAAUAA